UAACGUGGUGGCCCCAGUCUCGUACCGACGUUCGCGCCGACCGGUCGUCCUCUCCGCGCCGCGUGAAACUGGUCUUGAAGCCGUCGCUGCAGUUUUGGUGUGCGCGUCGCGAGUGCAUUUUGUUUUCGAAUUUCGUUUUGCCGCCGCAGUGUAUAUUCUUCGGUGCAAUACCAUACAAACACCACGCACACGCUUAGAUUUCUGGAUUACUGUAUAUGAUGUCCGCAAGCCGAUAACGCAGGGCUUAUUAAAAGACAAAACGCAAUUAUGAUGUUCCUCAUAUUUUUGGUGAUAGCGUGCGUUAAUGGUCAUCAAAUCGAGCCAGGACACCAUGUUAUACCAUAUAAAGAUGUUAUGUCGACGGCCAACACGUUUUCGGAAGACGGAGUGACAUCGUACUCGCAGCUGUUAUUUGACAUAGCCAGAAAACAAGUGGUAGUCGGUGCAAGAGACAACAUUUACCGUCUGGACUUGGACGAUUUGAAAAAAAUCGAGGCUGCCCGAUGGCCGGCUGCUGAAGAAAAGGUGCAGCUGUGUCUAGUAAAAGGCCAAAGUGUCGACGACUGCCAUAACUACGUCAAAGUACUACUGUCCACUGGGAAACGGCUAUUUGCAUGCGGAACCGGAGCUUUUUCACCACAAUGCACGUGGAGAGAGAUGGAAAAUGCCAACACCGUUACCGACACCGUGCGUGGGGUAGGCAAGUGUCCGUAUAGCCCUUUGUCCAACAUCACAGCCAUGAUCACACUCAACGGCCAGUAUUUUGCCGGUAGCCCGAUGGACUUUUCUGGCGCAGAUUCGGCUAUCGUCCGGGACCUGGGAGCUUCGUAUCUGCGGACAAAGAACUAUGAUGCCAAGUGGCUGAACGAGCCUCAGUUCGUUGGGUCAUUUGAGACCGACGCCUAUGUGUACUUUUUGUUCAGAGAAAGUGCGGUGGAGUACAUAAACUGUGGCAAGAAGGUGUACUCAAGAAUAGCUAGGAUGUGCAAAAACGACGUGGGCGGACAAACUAUGCUUCGAGACAAUUGGACCACGUUUAUUAAGGCCCGUUUAAACUGUUCUUUACCUGGUGACUAUCCGUUUUAUUUUGAUGAAAUUCAAGGUAUGACAUAUCUACCGGACGAAGGAUUGGUGUACGCUACAUUUACUACACCGAGCAAUGGCAUAGCUGGAUCAGCAGUAUGUAGUUUUAAUCUUACCGCUAUAAAUGCAGCGUUUAACGGACCGUUUAAACACCAAGCCAGCGUCGGUUCAGAAUGGGUACGAUAUAACCCACCGCAUCAACUCAACCACGGACACUGCCAAAGACAGGAUCCAAAUCAGAUACUUGACUCGUCGAGAUACCAACUGAUGGACAACGCAGUACAGCCCACCACAAUGGAUCCUCUGUAUUACAAGCCAUUGGAAAUUCUAACUCACAUUGCUGUGGACGUCGUACCGACCAAACCGCACGGAUCUUUAAAAGUCUUAUACGUGGCCACGACUGAAGGUACAGUGAAAAAGAUAACUAUUCUACCGAAGUCUUCGGUCACGUGCACGCUGGAAGAAUGGAAAAUAUUUCCCGAGGGUUCCGGUUCCCAAAUCAUGGCGUUGCAUUAUUUGAAAGUCACGGAUUCAAUAUACGUGGGCACUCGUGAUCGGGUGUUGAAAAUACCGGCUCAACACUGUGGCCGGCACCGGAGCAAGGAAGCGUGCAUGAAUGCGAUGGAUCCCUAUUGCGGUUGGAAUGAGCAUGUCGACAAGUGUCAACCACCGACAAACGGUAACAUCAUGGAACAUAAUUGGCGACAGGACGUUACCAAGUGUCCGGACCGGUCGAGGCCGAUCGACGGUGGUUGGUCCAGCUGGUCGACAUGGACUGCGUGUACGCAAAACGUUAACGGCAAAGAGUCUAGCGACCAAUGCUUGUGUUCGAGCAGAACGUGCACGAACCCCGAACCCAAGUACAACGGGGCUGAUUGCCAAGGUCCUACCAUACAGGUGACUAAUUGCACUGUACAUGGACAAUGGUCUGGUUGGUCGGACUGGUCAGCUUGUACGCAAAGUUGCGGUUCUGCUGUGAAAGUCAGAAAAAGGACUUGUGGAAAUCCGGCGCCAGCAUUCGGCGGUCGUGUGUGUGUAGGGCGAGACACUGAUGAAAUGUUUUGCCAUUCAAAUCCACCUUGUCCAGUUUCACCACCUGUGGUAAAAGAGCCGGGUUGGAGCGCCUGGGGUGCUUGGGGAAAAUGCUCGGCCAAGUGUGGUGGAGGCAUUCGACAAAGGUCACGGUACUGUAACAACCCACCGCCACAGGAAGGACAGGAUUGUAUAGGAUGUUCCGAAGAGUACGAACUAUGUAACCAGAAACCGUGCACGGAUAGCAUCAAAAAGAUAUCGGCAUGGUCACCUUGGGUGUCCGCGGGCAACGGUACUCAUAAAAGAUACAGGUUCUCGUGCAGAACGCAACCCGAUAUUUCGGCAUUAAGCAUUAUGCAGGACAAAGAAGAAAGUAGAUUGUGCCAAGAUGGAUCCUGUCAUAGACUUGACCAAUCAUCUGAUGUAGAAGACUCGUGGUCAGAAUGGUCAACGUGGUCUGCUUGUUCUGCUGAUUGUGGUGGUGGUGUACAAGUCAGAACUCGAACCUGUGAAGGUCUUUUGGAUAAUUGUGAGGGACAAACCACACACACUAGACCUUGUAAUACACAUCAAUGCAAAGGAGAAUGGAGUUGUUGGACAGACUUUAGUGAAUGUUCUGUGACUUGUGGUGAAGGCAUUAGAACUCGAUCGCGCAGUUGUAUGCUAAAAGGUACGUCCACUGAAGGAUGCGAAGGGCCUUCUGAAAGCCAUGAACCGUGCUACGUGCCUUGUCAUGACAUGGAUUUGGGCUGGGAAGACUGGUCAGAGUGGUCGGUUUGUGAUAAGGACAACCAGAAACAUCGGACUCGAAAAUGUACUUUUGACCAUUGCUUGGGACCCGACGUUGAAUCUGUUCCUUGCUUUGAGAAAAACGAGAUCGUGAGUUCGAGCGGCUCCACACUGUUGGUGUGCCUGCUGUCUUUCUUGACCGGCGCCCUGGUGACCGGCGCAGCGUUCUGCGCUUGGCAGCGACGUCGGAAACCGAAGUUGCCGAGUAGCCCUCACUACAUCACUACCAAGCAGAAUCCGUACGUGACGGUGCCGAUGAAGGAGUACCGCUCGCCCGCAAAGCGUACGCCGUCGUUCACCAAACCGACCACGGUGGGUGCGCAACAUCACGGCAACGGUACCGCGGCCACGGGCACGCUGCCGAGACUGUUCAACAAACCGGCCGACUACGAGACGGCCACCAUCAAGCGGAACAGCCACAGCCUGGUCAACGGUCACACGAUGCGCAACCGUACCGACUUGGAACAGGAAAAGUUUUUCUAACCCUAUCGCCAAAUAAUAACAAUAACAAUUACUACGAUAUACUCGCCAUCAUCGCAUUGCUGUGACGGUCGUUACAGCUUUACGUCUUUAUCGCCAUUAUCGCGCGGACCACCCUCGCAGGUUUGCGUCUUUCGCGGUUCUGUACCGCAGCUGCCAUUUCUAUUUAUUUAUGCGCGGAACUGCAGUUAUCGGAUUGUUCAAUCCGUGUACAAAGUUGUCGUGUAUAAUAUUAGCCGGACCGUCGUUUCCGGAUUUAUUUGUAUUUUCAUUAUUCCGUUGUAUUUUGGAUUUUCGGACGUCCGGAUAUUAUAUUGGCUAUACUACUGUACUGCUGCUGCUCGUUAUUGCUAGUCAUUACGUAUUUUUCUUCUCGAUUUUCCGCAAGCAGACGUACCUAUCUAAUUUAACGCGUGCUAUUGCGAGUAACUGAUAAAGUUCGCAUAAUAUUACGUUUCUACGACGAUUUGUAAAAACCUAUUUCUAUAUUAUUUUGUAUUGACUAACGAUCAAUGUGCAUGACACUAUUUGGUUAGCUUUUGGUUUCGAUAGAAUAUAAUAUUAUAUUAUAUUAUGAAAUAAAUCAUGUUUUAAACCGAUUAUCGUAUACAAAUGCUAUACGUCAGUAACUAUGUAAAAUGUAAUUAUAUCGGUUUGACCAUUUCAUUUUUAUACAACUGAAGACUGCUUAAAAACACGAUGCACAUUAUGGUAUCUGUUAUCGAAUUACAUCCAUUGCUAUACUCUAUUUAUUAUAAAUUAAAUCCGAUUAAAAAAAAAAAAA